AUGUGGAGAGUUCGGAAAAAAGGCUACUUUGGGAUCUGGCCAUUCCCCUUAAUAAUCGCCGCUGUCUGUGCGCAGAGUGUCAAUGAUCCUAGUAACAUGUCACUGGUUAAAGAGACGGUGGAUAGACUCCUGAAAGGCUAUGACAUUCGUCUGAGACCAGAUUUUGGAGGUCCCCCCGUGGCCGUGGGAAUGAAUAUUGACAUUGCCAGCAUCGAUAUGGUUUCUGAAGUCAAUAUGGAUUAUACGUUGACAAUGUAUUUUCAACAAGCCUGGAGAGAUAAGAGGCUGUCGUAUAAUGUCAUACCUUUAAACUUAACCCUGGACAACCGAGUAGCAGACCAGCUCUGGGUGCCUGACACCUACUUCCUGAAUGACAAGAAGUCCUUUGUGCACGGUGUGACCGUCAAGAACCGCAUGAUCCGCCUGCAUCCCGACGGCACGGUCCUCUACGGCCUCAGAAUCACAACCACAGCUGCCUGCAUGAUGGACCUAAGGCGGUACCCACUGGAUGAACAAAACUGCACCUUGGAAAUUGAAAGCUAUGGAUAUACCACUGACGACAUUGAGUUUUACUGGCGUGGGGAAGAUAAAGCAGUAACGGGAGUAACAAAGAUUGAACUUCCACAGUUCUCUAUUGUAGAUUACAAACUCAUCACCAAGAAGGUUGUUUUCUCCACAGGUUCCUAUCCCAGGUUGUCCCUCAGUUUUAAGCUGAAGAGAAACAUUGGGUACUUUAUCCUGCAAACGUAUAUGCCUUCCAUCCUGAUCACUAUCCUCUCCUGGGUCUCCUUCUGGAUUAAUUACGAUGCUUCAGCUGCAAGAGUGGCAUUAGGAAUUACAACUGUCCUUACAAUGACCACCAUCAACACUCACCUCCGGGAGACUCUCCCUAAAAUCCCCUAUGUGAAGGCCAUUGACAUGUACCUGAUGGGGUGCUUUGUCUUUGUUUUUAUGGCCCUUCUGGAAUAUGCUUUGGUCAACUACAUCUUCUUUGGGAGGGGACCCCAACGCCAAAAGAAAGCAGCCGAGAGGGCAAGCGCCAACAGUGAUAAGAUGCGCCUGGAUGUCAACAAGAUUUUUUAUAAAGAUAUUAAACAAAAUGGGACCCAAUAUCGAUCCUUGUGGGACCCAACUGGAAACUUCUCCCCAACUAGACGGACUACCAAUUACGAUUUCUCUCUAUAUACGAUGGACCCCCACGAGAACAUCUUACUGAGCAGUCUUGAGAUAAAAAAUGAAAUGGCCACAUCUGAGGCUGUAAUGGGACUUGGAGACCCCAGGAGCACAAUGCUGGCUUACGAUGCGUCCAACAUCCAGUAUCGGAAAGCCGGGCUGCCCAGGCAUACUUUUGGCCGAAAUGCCCUGGAACGACACGUGGCACAGAAGAAAAGCCGCCUGCGGAGACGCGCCUCCCAACUGAAAAUCACCAUCCCCGACUUGACUGAUGUGAAUGCCAUAGACCGGUGGUCCCGCAUAUUCUUCCCAGUGGUUUUUUCCUUCUUCAACAUCGUCUAUUGGCUUUACUAUGUGAACUAA